AUGUGCUCGUAUGGGGAACAAACACGCUACCCCACUGCUGCUGCUGCUCUGCACCUGUCCGAUGGAAGCAAGUGUACCAAAGAGGCUACCCAUGCCGACGGCGUCUUCUGCUGGUUCCAUUCCAAGCAGGUCUAUGGGCUCUACAAGGGGUACAAACGACGCAAUGCCAGGCUGGAUGAGCUGGAGAGCGAAGCCCCUCCUUACCUAAAGACAAGCAAGGUUCCUCUUGCGAACCAGACGUUUGACGACGUUCAAGACCAAGAGACUCUCAGGGCCGUACAUUCCCAUCUCUUUGACAGAUAUGUCCUCACCGGGCAGGUCAUCGACGCCCGCAGGCUUCACCACACCCACUUUUAUUCGCUCCAAAUCGACUAUGGGCACCAAGCAUACCUCGACAAGCUAAGCAGCAACCGCCACAUCAUUCUUCGGUCGCUGGAAAGAUUGGAAAAGCGAACUGCGGAUGUGCUAUACCAGCAGGAGAAAUGGUUCGCUUGGGUACGCCGGGCCCAGGAAGAGGAAGAGGCAACUCGUGACAAGGAGCAGAAGAAGAUCAAGCAGGAAGCUGCCCUGUUCAAGCGUCACCGAGACAAGUUGCAGGCUAGACUGGAGCAGGCCAGGCGGGAGGAGGAGCAGAAGAGCCAGGAUGCCUAUCUCGAAGCUGCUUUCCGGGAGCGUAUGGAGAUGUCAGAAGAUGAAUGGGAAAGCGAUGAGGCAUGGGACCCCAUCAAAGACACAGACCACGACAAGCGCAACCAGUACGUUGAUCUGAUCAGGCACUUCCUCUGGAUGAAUGUUGCAGACAUCCGCAGCAGCCAAGAUCCCCCAGCCGAGCCUGAGCCCAAGCCGCAGACAGAAGAGGCCGCCGAGCAACAGCAGGAAGAAAACGACCAGAAACCCUCCAAGAAGGGUAAGAAAAAGGCAAAGGCCAAGCCGAGUGCCGUCAAACCUGGCAAUCAAGGCAGCGCCGGCGACUCCGAUAGAGGACAAGACAAGCUCAUGGCCAUGCAGCAAAACAAAGCAAAAAAAGCAGCCGAUCAACAGAUGCCCGACAGGAACAACAUUGAAACCGAGCAAGAGAUGAGAAAACGCCUGAGCCAGGGGGUCGACAAGAAAAUGGAAAACGUUUGGGGUUUCCAACUCGUUGGAUCGUUGGAGAAUCCCCACGAAACGUUUACGAGAACGGCACCGAUGACUGACGACGAGAUCGAGACUGCCAUCAAGGACGUUAGAGAAAUCAAGUUGCUACUCUUUUGUCGCCUGUUGCUUGCUCAAGCAUCCUUGUUACCGGCUGCGCUACGUGCUGGUAGUGUGGAUGAGUUCCUCAACGACGCUGAGAUUGUCGACUCGGAUCUACGAGAUAUCUGCUUGAAGCUGGAGGAUCCUUCUCUUCAACAGAUUAGAGAUGCGUGUGCCGAUUUUGCACGCGGGGAUGAUGCAGAGGCAGAUGUUGACGAUGAGGCCACGGAUGAUAGCGAUUCAGAGGACGAAGAAGAGUUUGGUGACAUGAUGGGCGAUUAUGAUCACUAUAGGCGUCUCCACACGGACGAAUGGUUUGUGAAGAAGUUGGCAGAUCGUCAAGGGCUACGGGAGCCACGCCAAAAAACCAUCUCCUCUUCACAGAGAUCUCGGGUAGCCAUCUGUGGCAAGAGCGUGUGGAAUCACGCGAGUGAAAAGGCAAUGUCUCGAGACGGCUGGCUGCAAUUCUCAAUCAUAGCCAAAGAUUGCGACCUCAAACAUGCUAUUCAACUCUGCCGAAAUUGGGCAGAGUUCGCCGACCUGAAUCUCCUCACCCUGUGGCAGUUUUUCCCUGCUUCGAAUUGGACGUCUUGGGCAAAUAACAGGCUGAUUCAGCAGCUGCAUGAGUUGCAGUUCUUCCCUUACUUUAUUGAUCUUGAGGCUCAACAACGCAGUCGCCAUUUUCAGGCCGGCGGGCGAGGCAAAGGACGUCGCCAGCAUGACAUGAUCGAGACGAGGAAUAUCAUUGUCGGCCACAUGAAGCGCCGCGAUCCAGUCACCCGCCGCUUUCUGCAGUAUCUGACAAUGAGAACCGGCGAGCUGUUGGUCCUGGUGAGGGACGGCAGAACUGGUCGCGUCAUAACCGCACCUCCCGAGAAGCAUCUUUGGACGUAUCGCAGGAAGCAGGGUAUCGGAAGGGCCUCAAAGAAUGAAUGGCAAAACGCUCUUGAGGUGGGCCCUGAUUACUUUGACAUGACGGAUGCGCUGAGGGAAUGGCGCUUUGGAUUCGAUGACUAUUACGACGUCUUCAUCUGGAAUCUGGUACCCAACGAGUCACCUCUGCUCCUUUAUAAUGCCAUCAUCACGGAACUUCGCACGGCAUGGCGCAUGACGCAGCCUGCUGAUAUGUAUUCCCACAUGGAGCCGCAGCUGCGAAGCCUCACUCGGGAGGAAGAUACAAUGCGAACCCGCAAGAUAAAGCCCGGCGAGCAGGUCAAGAGUCUCUGGGAUGUUGUGACAAGCGAAGACGUAGAGUUCCGCCUUUUCAGUACCGGAGGAACAUUCACGUCCUUCACGCCCCAGGGUGCCGCCGUUGGUGAGAUGGCCAACUCCCCAUACCUGUUCUACACCAAAGCCAAUACUGUGGAGGAUGAGGUUCUAUUCCCAGACGAAUUAAUAUCUAACAAAAAGAAUGUGCAUUUUCGAGAAAUCAGAAACCACGUAAGUCGCCUUGAGCACUCGGGGCUCCCUGGUCACAACAAGUACUGGGAGAAAGGCUUGGCGGCGAUUCUUGCCGGGGAAGAUUUCAAAGAACCGCUUAGCAAGGAGAUGGAUAGCGAUGAAGAUAGUAUGUGGGCGCUUCCGGCGAUAUGGAAAACCGGCCUGGAGAAGCUCCUACAAGGGGCACUCUCAGAAGACCAGCGCGAAGUCCUUGAGGAAACUGGCCUUGAUGCCAUCAAAGAAAGCCACUUAAUCGCCGAUCGCCUUGAAAGUGCGGAUCCUAUGGAGGUAAUGGAACGUGAAAGAUCUACGGAGUUCAAAAUGGCGUUUCACAAUGGUGACCUUGAACCGGGAUGUACCGAAAGGUAUCUGCAGGUCCAAGAAAUCAUCACUACUAUGCUCAAAACUGCUCAAGCGGAAUCGACUGAUUGGGUUUAUUACAUUGCCGAGUUAAUGUACUGGCUCGACGUUGAAGCAUUCGACGAUGACUACUAUGGGGAUUAUGGUUCAGAUCCGUGGUCCCACGCGUUCAUUGUUCAAGACAUGGUUCAGGCUUUUUCGACCAUGGCCAUGUUCUUCCCAGAGGUGGACACAACGGCCCAUGUGACUGCGUUUCUCAAGUCUGACCAGUAUGAGGGGUUCCGGAACUCUGCCCUAUUCGAUCCCCGAGAACGAAGCAAGUCUCGGCCCGAUCGAAGGACCAGAACAAGCUACAAGUACCGCGAUGCGAAAUUCUGGACGGAGUGGAAGGCUGUUUUGGAGAAGGACCGCCACUUUUCAGAUAUUUACCCAUUCGAUUGGAGUCUUGCCAUCCGCCCCAUCAUUGCCAAAUUAUAUCGAGCAGGAGUAAUGGCCCCCGCACACCUGGAAAACGACUCCCGAAUAGUCCCAGGCGUGGCCACGGCCAACACAGAGCCUCAUCGCCCAGACCAACUAGACCUCUUCAUCAACUACGACGACCCUCGAAACCUAUUCCCAGUAAAGUAUCCACCUCACUUCAUCGGACCAGACAGAUGGCCAAAGUUACUGCCCAUUGCCGAAGAUUUCGCAGUGAAGCACCCGAAUGCUCGUUUCGCGCUUCUUCGGAUCUGGACGGCGCCGCACUUUUACCCGCUCAUGAUAGGGAUGGGGAAUCGGCAGGCGACCAGCUUCCUCGAUAGCGUCUCCCGACCGUGGGAGUGGAAGUUUUUGCCCAAGGACAUGCCGGGCAGCGAGUUGAGCAUGCAUAACACAACUGUAAAGGCGUUGGAAAAUGUCAAGGAAAGGCUUGAAGAUCGGAUAGCGUAUAGGGGUGAUUUGAUCCUUGUUAUGGCGGAGGAUGUGGCUGAGUUGUUGAAGAAUUGCACGGCUGUGACGUUUGCUGUGCAGACGAGGCCGUGGUUGAGGGAGAUUGAUCUGUGGAAGAGUUUUGUUAAUGUUGAUUUGGGGUUGUUGAAGGAGUUGGAUCCUGUGUGGUUGGAUUGA